AUGGAAACCUGUUCAAAUUUCCAAUUCCCUCCUGGUUUCAGGUUCCACCCUUCUGACGAAGAGCUCCUUGUUCAUUACUUGCAAAACAAAGUGAAUUCACGUCCACUUCCGGCCUCUGUAAUAGCUGAAAUUGAUCUCUACAAGUAUAAUCCAUGGGAGUUACCCAACAAAGCCAUGUAUGGAGAAGAUGAGUGGUACUUCUUUAGCCCGAGGGAUCGGAAGUACCCGAACGGUGAGAGGCCGAAUAGGGCGGCAGCUUCCGGUUACUGGAAGGCUACCGGAACAGACAAGCCGAUUCUAAGCUGUUGUGGAUCAAAGCGCAUACUAGGGGUGAAGAAAGCUCUAGUCUUUUACACUGGUCCGCCUCCAAACAGGUUUAAGACAGACUGGAUCAUGAAUGAAUAUAGACUUCACCACCAGAGUAAACUUUCAAGGUCUAAAGGGUCAAUGAGAUUGGAUGACUGGGUACUGUGCCGGAUCAGAAAGAAAGGCAACAUGGUAAAGAACACGUGUGAAGAUCAAGGCAGUUGUAGAAUGGGCUUUCCAAAGAUUGAGGAGUUGCAGCCUACAUUCAGAAACUAUAAUGCUGACAUUAUCAUGGAUUCCCCAUACAAAAAUCCAGCUCUGCUUCCCAUACAGACCAAUUCUGGUAGUCCACUCACACUACAACAAGCCAGAGCCCAACAUGACAAAGAUGGACACAAGGCCAAGGAUGAGGAUAAUCUCGAUAAGGUUAAACGCAAGGCUACGGAUGAGAAAAAUUACAAGAAGAAGAGUUGA